UCCAGGAGCCAGAAGCUCCCAUCUCGUGCCUCCUGAGACGUCUUUGUUCCAGGACCCAGGUGAUCCUCAGGUGACGAGGUGACGAGUUCUCACGUCCCAUUCCAGGACCAGGCUCCUGUUUGGUUCUGGUUAAUCAACAUUGUACUGGAGAGGCAAUGGCAGGGCUCCCCUGGACCUGCCCACAGAGUUUGUAGAUCACUUGGCUUCAGAUUCCAGAUACAGAACAUUUUCGUUACAUACUGCAAAACAGAGUUGAACAGCACAAUGGGGUGCAAAGUUCUGCUCAACAUUGGGCAUCAGAUGCUGCGGAGGAAGGUCGUGGACUGCAGCCGGGAGGAGAGCCGGCUGUCUCGCUGCUUGAACACUUUCGACCUGGUGGCACUGGGGGUGGGCAGCACGCUGGGUGCUGGCGUGUAUGUCCUGGCUGGAGCUGUGGCCCGUGAGGAUGCGGGCCCCGCCAUUGUCAUCUCCUUCCUGAUCGCAGCGCUGGCCUCGGUGCUGGCCGGCCUCUGCUACGGCGAGUUUGGCGCUCGGGUCCCCAAGACGGGCUCAGCCUACCUCUACAGCUACGUCACGGUCGGGGAGCUCUGGGCCUUCAUCACUGGUUGGAACUUAAUCCUCUCCUACAUCAUUGGUACUUCAAGUGUAGCGAGAGCCUGGAGCGCGACGUUUGACGAGCUGAUUGGCAAACCCAUCGGGGAGUUCUCACGGAAGCACAUGGCUCUGAAAGCCCCCGGAGUGCUGGCCGAAAACCCAGACAUAUUUGCUGUGAUCAUCAUUCUCAUCUUAACAGGACUUUUAACUCUCGGUGUGAAAGAGUCGGCCAUGGUCAACAAAAUAUUCACUUGUGUCAACGUUCUGGUCUUGGGCUUCAUAAUGGUGUCAGGAUUUGUGAAAGGAUCGAUUAAAAACUGGCAGCUCACAGAGGAGGAUUUCCAGAACACAUCCAGUCAUCGCUGCUUGAACAAUGACACAAAACAAGGGACACUUGGUGCUGGUGGAUUCAUGCCCUUUGGGUUCUCCGGUGUCCUGUCGGGGGCAGCGACCUGCUUCUAUGCCUUCGUGGGCUUUGACUGCAUCGCCACCACAGGUGAAGAAGUCAAGAACCCUCAGAAGGCGAUCCCCGUGGGGAUUGUCGCGUCCCUCCUGAUUUGCUUCAUCGCUUACUUCGGGGUGUCUGCCGCCCUCACGCUCAUGAUGCCAUACUUCUGCCUGGACAAGGACAGCCCCCUGCCCGACGCCUUCAAGCAUGUGGGCUGGGAAGGUGCCAAGUACGCGGUGGCCGUCGGCUCCCUCUGCGCUCUUUCUACCAGUCUUUUAGGUUCCAUGUUUCCCAUGCCUCGAGUUAUCUACGCCAUGGCUGAAGAUGGACUGCUAUUUAAAUUUUUGGCCAAAAUCAGCGAUAGGACCAAAACACCGAUAAUCGCCACGUUGACCUCAGGUGCCAUUGCUGCUGUGAUGGCCUUUCUCUUUGACCUGAAGGACUUGGUGGACCUCAUGUCGAUUGGCACUCUCCUGGCUUACUCUUUGGUGGCUGCCUGUGUGUUGGUCUUACGGUAUCAGCCAGAGCAACCUAACAUGGUAUACCAGAUGGCCAGAACUACCGACGAGCUCGAUCAAGUGGACCAGAAUGAACUGGUGAGCACCAGUGAUUCCCAGACAGGGUUUUUACCAGAAGCGGAACGGUUUUCUUUGAAAACCAUACUCUCACCCAAAAAUAUGGAGCCUUCCAAAUUCUCCGGGCUAAUUGUGAACAUUUCAACCAGCCUCAUAGCAAUUCUUAUCAUCACCUUCUGCAUUGUGGCCGUGCUUGGAAAUGAGGCUCUGACAAAAGGGGAGUUGUGGGCCAUCUUUAUGCUUGCCGGAUCUGUCCUUCUCUGCUCUCUGGUCACAAUCAUCAUCUGGAGGCAGCCUGAGAGCAAGACUAAGCUUUCAUUUAAGGUACCCUUCCUGCCGCUCCUUCCCGUCCUGAGCAUCUUUGUGAACGUCUAUCUCAUGAUGCAGCUGGACCAAGGCACGUGGGUCCGCUUUGCAGUGUGGAUGCUGAUAGGCUUCAUCAUCUACUUUGGCUAUGGUUUGUGGCACAGCGAGGAGGCGUCCCUGGCCGCCGACCAAGCAAGGACUCCUGAUGGCAAUUUGGACCAUUGCAAGUGACACGCAGCCCGGCCCCCAGAGGUGGCAGCAGCCCUGAGGGAUGCCCGCAAAGGUCCUGGAGCACCUCACUCUCUCCACCAGUGCAUCAGGACCCACCCACAUCUACAAAGCCCCCACGCAGCAGAAGGUGCAGCUACUUGAAAUGCAGCCUCAGCCCACAGCCCGUGUGUCCUGCCUAGACUCGCUCUGCGGCAGGUGCACGGCGGCCCGUCACCUUGGACAGCUCCCUGGCGGGAGGCCACUUGGCUGCAGCUGGCCACUGUGGCUCCUAACAGCCCUCUGAACACAGAAAGCAGUCCCCGCCCCACCAGCUCCAUGCCCAUGCUGCUGGGUCCUCAGGCAGGAUGGAGGUCACCGUUUCUUGUCACCUUGGGGAAUCGGGCCUCCCUCCCCGGGGACCAUCCUGGUAUUGAAAAUGUGCACACUCCAGACUCUCAGUAGCUAUCUCCCCACUCAGCCCCAAAGGCCAACCGUAGAGGCAAGGGGAGUACUCCAAAACGUAUGUCCCAGAGCCAAAGGACAGCAGUUUACUUUAAAAAGGAAGAGCAAGACUGGUUUCCUUCUCCCGCUCCUUUUCUCUGGGUUGCUUCCCGAAGAGGUUGUGAGGACUGUGAGCUCUCCCCUCCUUCCCCUUCCAGGCAGGGGUUUUGCUCUGACACCGGACAGAACCGCGCACACCCCAGCGGCAGUACUGAGGGCAGGCGUUUCCGUCACUGACGAAGAAGGGAGCGCCACUGUGGGGACAAGGCAGGAGGGCCGCCUCCACCCCUCGCCCCUGAGCGCGGGGACCUCCCUCACCUGCACUCUCUCUCUCCAGGCCUGGGCCGGUUCUGGCUGCUUCUGGUAUCUCGCACCAACGGCUGUGUGUCCCGAGUAACUGGAGCAUGGCACUGCAUUCAUGUGGGACUGGCCUUAGAUUAGCAGAGCUUAGAACACUGUUUUCUAUGGGUCUUUGCCAGUCACUAAAUCCUGCCCUCUGAUGCUUGCGGGUCAGCGUCUUGACUCUUGUAAGGUUCUCAAGGCAGGUGUCUGCUCAUUCUGAAGUGAUGGUGCCAGCCCCCCAGCUGCUUCUGGCCCCCGACAUGAUCUGUUUGGUCUGUUUGGCCCUCCUCUUAGAUAGAAUCGAACUGAGUCCUCCCAUUAGCAUCUGUGAAUCACUCCAAAUUAAGUUGGCGCUUAGUGUUAACUUGGAAAAUGGCCAAAUAUCUCCUCGGUGUAUUGUUGAGAGCACGGGGUCCACACAUGAGAACUUGAGGUCAUAUUGCUGUCCCUGUCAUGUAUGUGUUGUCCAAACGUUGUGGGUUUGUGUCUGGGUUCGUAACCCGGCCCCGGACCUCCCGCCUCCGUAACUCAGAGAGCCUGCUGGGGUGCCCGCACGCAGCACGCACGGUCCCUGCCCCCCGCCCCCGGGCCCUGCAGCACCCCACACUCACACCCGCUCUGCAGAGAGGAGCCCGAGGAAACAAGAACGCUGAUGCAGUCUUCCUUCUGAUGAGAGUGUGACUUGGGAGAUGGAAGGGCCCCGCGUAUAUGGGAGGGGAGGGAGGAAGGCAUGUAGACAUCCCAGAAAAUGUAAAUGCUGCUUUUGAAGCUCAGACUCCCAUUUCAUCCCCCUCCGGCCUUUGACACAAAUCUGGUAGAAAGAAGCCUGGUAAACUGAUGGCACUUGUCUGAUCUCCCUCAGUAGGUUCAGAGAGAAUUACAAGAAUUUGUGGAAAUGCCGAACGGCAGGGUCGGUCAGUGGAGGGCUGGUGGGCGAGUGGCCAAGGGCUUGGCCUCUGCCACAGACCCUGAUCACCUGCCUGGAAGCUUUAUUCUAAAUAUCAUUUGUGAAUGUUACAGAGGGAGGAACAUAAGAGCUCAAAGCGUGGGUUUCCAAAGAAAGGUAUUUAAAUUUAUGUAGAUUGGUGCUGUACAAUAUUUUGAUAAAUAUUAACUUAUUUUGUUGGGGUUUUGGUUGUCUGCUGUGUUCUUAGGGUUUGUUAGCUAUUUGUUUGCUUGAUUUGUCUGUUAUUUUCCCACAUAGGCAAAGAGAACUUGAGGGAAAGAGAAUAUCUGACAAAAGUGUAGGGGAGAGAGAUUUUUUUUUUUUUUUUUACUUUAAUUUCUUUUUCUGGCUGAAAUAUCUGUGCAAGACAGCAUGCAACAGACUGUGGAUACAGUUGACAUUUCAGCUGGCAACAUGCAUCCUUCUACCAGCUGACAAGGUGUGUUUCCCUGAGACCAUCCCAUGGAAUGAGAAACUCCUGGCACGUGAGGGUCCUCCUUCCUCACCCCAAAGUGGGAAGUGCCUCCAGAAGGCUCACCAGCUCAGGAGUGAGAAGCCCCUGCCCCCUCCCCUGUGAGGGGGAGGAGCCUCCCAUUUAGAAAAGGACACCUGAAGGUGCCACAGAGAAAUCGUUCUCACGGUCCCUGUGCUUUUAUUGAGACUAACUUUUGUGUGGUUGCCAGGGGUUUUUCUCUUCUGUUUACAAGGAUGGUGAUGUAAGGAAUGGUGUUGAGAGGCUUUUGCUUAUCCCAUCCUUCAUUCCUUCCCCAGAAAUAAACACACACACACACACACACGCAUAUACACACAGGCAAGAAAUAACCACCAGGAGUGCCCAACAAUUGGCCUCCAAACCCCCCAAGCAAGAAUAUGAUUCUCAGUUUCAUGGCUUGGCCAGUAUUUUCCUAAAUCAUCAGAAAUUCCACACUUCUAGAGACAUGCCCUUUGGAAAUGUUGUGUCUGCUUUUAUCUGUGGCCCAGCCCCAAAUACCCACAUUGGAAAGACCCAUUUGUGUCAAGUAAGCACCCUUUCCUGCCUCCUGUAGUGCCCCCCGCCCUGCAUGUUUUUUUGACCCCGUGAAGACUCACAAAGACGCCAGCAGUGGAGCCCCAGGAGCUCUGCUGAAGAGUGAGGGGUGUGAGGGGUCUCCAGAGAAGCAGUCAGGCCCCCUGGGCCAGUGAGGCUGAGCCUGCUUCCAGGAGGGGCGCCUGGGGCAGGAGAUUGGGCCUCUGCACCCCCAUCACCCCACCCCACUGGCUCACACCCCUUCCGCCCAACUUGGGGCCCGAUUUGUUUUUCCAAACCAGUAGGAGUGGAUAGGGCCAUCUUUCCUAGGGUGUUUUGGAAAGACUCCAAAUCGACACUGUUGUCAGAACCCCCUCCCUGCAGCCCCCCCACUUGGGUUUUGUUCCACUGAGUCAUCUCUAUCAAGAGAUCAGCCUUCUGGUCCCGGGUGCUGGUGCUGCGGUUCGGCUGUCACAGGCCUCCCACCUGUCGAGUUGCACUCUGGGGCCUGCCCCCACCCCGAGCUCCUGAGGCUCCGGCGCACCCCCUUCUGCACUUCCGGCGCGGCCUGUGCGUGCACCUGCUUGAGGCCCCUGGCCCUCGCCUGUCGGGCUUCCUGGAUGGCAGCGGGCACGAACUGGGUUAUACACUGUCCUCCCGCCACCGAGCAGGUGUUCAGAGCCGAGUGAGUUCCGUAGUCUGCGCGGGAUGGCCUCUAGCCUGACGCCAGACACAGCCUGGAGGACAGGGUCAGAGGCUGGGCUCCCUGGGUGAGUGUGGACAUGCCUCAGAAAGGCCCCCAGCCAGAGUGCAGGCGGGCUCACGGGCAUCGCGGGGGCGCGCCGGGCGCGGGUACCUGCUCGCGCUGUGCCGGGCCCGUCUUCUGCUCUGCGUGUCUCACUUUCACACAUUCUCAUAAGAGCUGAUCGUUGUGUCGGCCCCCGAGAGCCAUCCCCACGAAGACGGGAGUGAGGCGCCUUGGUGCCAGGCCCCAUCACCGAUGUGUUCUAGCGUGGAUGGGGCCGUCUGCGGGCACGGCCACGCUCUGCCGGCCAUAGGUGUGCGAUGCCCGUGUGCUCGUGUGUGGGACUGUUACAGAGUUCCCGGCGGGUGGAACCAAAUGUAUGUUACGUGUGGUUGUUACGUAUAAUUUAAGAUAUAUGUUUGACAUCAUAAUGAGAGUAUUGUAUGUAAGGCUCCUCAGGGAGAAUGAGAUCUACAUUUUGUCAGACUCUUGUGGACUUUUUUUGGUAAUGAAAUGCUUUAUUGAUCCAGUGGUGCAAGAAGCUGCACUCCGUAUUUCAUCAUCAUAGUUAUGAUGCCUGAUGGGUUUUUAUGGCAAAAGAAAAAGUCAACUGACUUUGAUACUCGUCACUAUAACCCAGAGUCUUUUUGUGCCCGUUGCUUCAUUGAGUGGCAGUGCUCUUUGGAGAGGGACGCGGACCGGCCAAGGGUCUCAGGGCACAGUUAUCAAGGAACCCCCCCGGAUGACCCUGUGUGUUGAACUGCCGGCUGAAAACCGCCCCCAUGAGAUAAAGACCUUGGCUGUGAAGUCCAACAAAUUGAUCUUCUCAGGGUAUGAGCAGGGUCGGGAAGCAGGGCUAGGAAGAUGCGCUUUGACUUUGUUAAUUUAUUAACAAGGUAUAUGAUUUUGUGUUUCUCGAUGACAAACUUUUUUAAGUUUGGGACUUAUUUUCGAUUUGAGAAAUUGUAAUAUAUAUUUAAAGUUUCCCGCUUAAGUUGUGCCUUUCAGCGUCAAUGGGUCUAAGAAGCACAGAGGGUGAUGAUCACAAUGAGGGCUGGUUUAUUAUCAAACCUGCAUAGCUGUGGUUUCUCCAGCAAACUUUUUCUUCUACUGAACAUGGAGCCAUUAUUAAAAGAAUUGUGUUUCUUAUUAUGUAAAUUGUAUAAUAUUUUUUUGCUUGUUUGAUGUUCUAUUUUUCUAAUAGUUUUCUUAUAGUUUCUUAUAAUUGUGAUACUAGAUUUAGAUUCUGAUGCCCACUGCAAACCAAGCUGUCUCUGCUGGCCCCUCCUGUUUUUAUCUGAAGGACAAGCAUAGAUGUCCAUCGCCUUUAAAAAAUGUGAAACUCUGCUCUGUAUCCCAUUUUUGCUGACAACACUGUAUGUUGACAAAUUCCUACUAUAUGUUGUAAAAUCAAAUUAUUUUGUGGUACAUUAUCUCAUGCUUCUGCAGACUCUAAUAAAUUCUGUCUAUGGCUUCAGCA